CGGGAAGGCGUUUAUGCAGAAAGACAGUAAGACAUUAACUCCGCAUGUAAAUGAUUGAAUGUCGUCUUUGGGCGUUGUUGAUCUGCUUGAACACUUCAGACUUUGGCCGUCAAGUUGACUUGAUGAAAAGCGGCGACACAGGAUAGGAAGCAAUGGCGGCGAUACACGACCCACUCUUGGCGCUGCUGCUACUCCUCGCCAUCUGCGGCCUCCACUGCUCCUCUCCCGGACCCUCCUGUCCGGAAUCCUGCCGCUGCCCACGGCCCUCGGUGUUGAACUGCUCCACCUCGGGCCUCUCCGUCAUGUCACCACGGCACAUCCAGGACUUGGUGGCCGAGCUGGACUUCUCUCACAACCUCCUGGAAGGGAUGGUCGCGCCGACGCGGCCGCUUCGCCGGCUGCGGAGCGUGAGGCUGGGCAACAACAGCAUCACCCGCCUGUCCCUCUGCAUCCAGAGGCAGCGUUGUGUCAAAGGUCACGGGUGUGUCGCCUGGGCCCCUGACCUGCAGCUGCUAUCUGCCGAGAGGAAUCGGCUACGGCGACUCCCCGAAGGAUUGCCCGCUCUUGGGGCUUUGGAAAUCCUGCAGUUGUCCUUCAACAACAUCUCGAGCAUCCAGCCCGGUGAGCUUUACAAUCUGCACCAGCUGAGGGAAUUGCACCUUCAACACAACCUCAUCAGCAGCCUGCAGUCGCACGCCAUCCAGCAUUUGAAGCAGCUCAAGAUCUUUGACGUGAGCUUCAACAAGCUGACCAGCCUCCAUUCUUCGCUGUACCUCUCUCUACGUAACAUAGCUGCUGAUGUUAACAUGGUUGGAAACAGAUGGCGCUGUGACUGCAGCAUGCGUAGUAUAAGAAGAUGGAUGGCCUAUGACAGGAGCAGAGACAUUUACGCCAAAGGUUUGGUUUGUGCUGACCCGCCCGUCCUGGCAGGCAAAGACCUGCUACAGUUGGAGGACGACGAGCUGAUCUGUCGUACACCUGACACUGAACCACAGCUACACCAAGACAUGAUGGUGGACAGAGGCUCAGAGGUUCUGUUGUCCUGCGCCUCAGAAGAUCCAUUAUGGUGGACACCCAGUAGUAAGGCUCUUAAGCGACUUCAGUCUACUCUCCUCAUCCACCAUGUUAUGGAGGAAGACACGGGUCUUUACGUGUGUUUGUCUAAGGACCAUAAGGUUGUGUCCGUCUUUCACCUCCAAAUCAGAGCAAACAGAAAACCUCGAAGCGUAUCAGGAAACAGCCAGCUGAUAAUCCCACAAGAACCUGUAAACAAGUCGGCUGAAAAAAGAAAUAGGAAUGCUACGCAAUCUGACUUGACACUAGCGGUCUGUCUGUCCGUCUUCAUCACAUUCCUGGUUGCUUUCAUCCUUGGAGUACUUGCAAGACCUUGUAUCGAUGUUCUCUGGAGCAGAAUCACCAAGAAAAAGAGCUCCCCUGCAUCUGACUCGGUCUCAUCUGAGAGACAAUAUGACAACGAGGCUUUCUCCGAAGAAGAGUACCAGGAGGUGGUACAACAUCACAGGGAAAGGAGAGUCACAUUUAGCAAGGUGGACUUCAGGGAGGGAGAAAAUAUGGAAUAUUAUGACACCAUUAUCAGCAGUGGACAGGAAAGAACAACAGAUGAUGCAGUCAUUGAAAGUGAGACAGUCAGUGCUAAGACACAACAAAAGGACGAUUCAGGAAGUGAAUCAGACAGGAAUGGUUCAGAGGUUACGAGAGAGCUCUCAAUACAAAACCAAGAGGAUGUAGACAUUGCAAGUGGCAGCAAAGUGGAACAAAGGAGGGGUUCGUCAUGCAGCUUUGGUUCCUCACUUUAUGACGAAGUAUCACAUGAGGACCAGUUUAUUCACAAGCCCUUUGAACGAGAAAAAGACAGUGUUCAACAGCGAGGUAAUUCCUAUAAGUUAAAUAACAAACCUCAAACUUUAAAUGACAGCACGAGUGAAAUUGGUAGAGGGGUAGCAGAUACCGAGCUUUGGCAGGAAAGUGAAGAACAGUUUGACUUUAGCGAUUCCGUCCGCAGCACAUCUCCUAGAACCAGCAGCCGGAUUGGCUCUUUUAAUCAUUCCGAACAAAUUGUGAAGCGGGGGACGUUGAAGACAGAGGAAUCCUCCAGCUCUAACUCAUAUGUCAGUGACAAUGAACCUUCCCAUUACACUGUCAACCCAGACGAAGAGGAUGUGGAGGAGGAACAAAGAAGAAGCCAAACAGAAGCCAGGGUCUCCGUUCCUCAAAGAUCUGACAGACUACCGCCAUUGAGAUCAAAGCACUUCUCUUCCCCUCAAUCCAGUGUCACUGAUGAUGAUUCUGGUGCUUAUCCGGUUCAUCUAUCCGGUUCCAGCGGUGAGAGCGAUGUGGAACAUACCCCAAAGAAACCCAACUUAGUUGUACAUGUUAAGUCACCAUCAUCAAUGUCAUUCCCUGGUGAAAAUGAGACGCAUGUAAAAAGACAACGGUCACCUGCAAUAAACAACCCAGAAACACACUGGCCUACCCUCGAUGUGGAGCACAUACCACGCAUUAAUAGGCAUCUAGAUAUUAAAAGAACUCAUUCACUCUCAAGCAGUGACAGUGAAGAGAGCACAAAACCAGACCCAGAAUUGUCGUGGCCUGCAAUCAAUGUGUUGGAUACCAAGGCACCUGGAGACUAUGCUCAAACAGCAAAUCACAGAAACAGGCCAGGGAUAGUAGGCACGUCAGGAGUUCCAUCUUUGAGUUCAAGUAGUGACAGCGAGAAAUGGACAGAGAACACAAAAGUAUUUUAUGAAUUGGAUGCUACCGCUGCACAGCAUCGCACUAAAGAAGGCUGGCCAGUGCUUGAUCUUGAGCGUCCUAUCCCAGUCCAGAGGCGUUUAGAUAUUAAAUCACCAACUUUAGAUUUAUCAUCCAGCAGUGACAGUGAGGAUGCAACUACUAAUCACAUCACAGAACACUGGCUUAAGACCACAAAUGUAACAAGUUACCCCAUUAAAGGGCCACCAACACAAAGUCAUGAACCACAAACACAUUGGCCCUCAGUUGAUCUUGAAGAUUCUUUCAGAAUUAAGAGGCGUUUAGAUUUUAAAGUGCCGUCACCAGCUUCAGAAUUCUCAUUCAGCAGCGAUAGUGACAAUGAAACGAUAAAAAGCAUCACCAAACAAGAGCACGGGGCUACAAAUGUCACUAAGUACCGCACUAAAAUAUUGCAAAAACCAACUGAACAACCACAGGGACCUUGGCCCUUGCUUAAUCUUGAGGAUUCUUUUCGAAUUAAGAGGCGUCUAGAUUUCAAAGUGCCAUUACUAACUUCAGAUUCAUUGAUUAGCAGCAAUCGUGAGAAUGAAACUACGAUUCACAUCACAGAACAGGAACAAGGGUCCACAAAUGUAGCCAGGCACCCAAUUAAAGCAUCACCAAGACCAAGUCAUGAACCACAAAUACUUUGGCCCUCGGUUGAUCUUGAAGAUUCCUUCAAAAUUAAGAGGCGUUUAGAUUUUAAAGUGCCGUCACCAGCUUCAGAAUUCUCAUUCAGCAGUGAUAGUGACAAUGAAACGAUUAAAAGCAUCACUAAAGAGCAAGGGACUACAAAUGUCACUAAGUAUCGCAUUAAAACAUUGCCAAUACCAACUGAACAACCACAGGGACCUUGGCCCUUACUUAAUCUUGAGGAUUCUUUUCGAAUUAAGAGGCGUCUAGAUUUUAAAGUGCCAUCACUAUCUUCAGAUUCAUUGAUUAGCAGCAAUCGUGAGAAUGAAACUACGAUUCACAUCACAAAACAGGAGCAAGGGUCGACAAAUGUAGCCAGGCACCCAAUUAAAGCAUCACCAAGAACAAGUUAUGAACCACAAAGACUUUGGCCCUCAGUUGAUCUUGAAGAUUCCUUCAGAAUUAAGAGGCGUUUAGAUUUUAAAGUGCCGUCACCAGCUUCAGAAUUCUCAUUCAACAGCGAUAGUGACAAUGAAACGAUUAAAAGCAUCACUAAAGAGCAAGGGGCUACAAAUGUCAGUAAGUAUCACAUUAAAACAUUGCCAACACCAACUGAACAACCACAGGGACCUUGGCCCUUACUUAAUCUUGAGGACUCUUUUCGAAUUAAGAGGCGUCUAAAUUUUAAAGUGCCAUCACUAACUUCAGAUUCAUUGAUUAGCAGCAAUCGUGAGAAUGAAACUACAAUUCACAUGACAAAACAGGAGCAAGGGUCCACAAAUGUAGCCAGUAACCCAGUUAAAGCAUCACCAAGACCAAGUCAUGAACUACAAAGACUUUGGCCCUCAGUUGAUCUUGAAGAUUCUUUCCGAAUAAAGAGGCGUUUAGAUUUUAAAGUUUCGUCACAAACUUCAGACUCUUCAUCCAGCAAUAGUGGGGAUAAAACUACAAAUCACAUCAUCAAACAGGAGCAAAUGGCCACAAAUGUAACUGGGUACCCCAUUAAAACGUCACCAAAAGAUUCACCUAAAGGACCGUGGCCCUCACUUGAUCUUGAGGAGUCUUUCCGAGUAAAGAGGUGUUUGGCUUUUAAGGUGCAGUCACAAACUUCCGAUCGGUUGUCCAGCAGCGGUAUUGAGGAGGAAACUACUAAUCGCGUCAGCGAACAGAAGCAAAAGACCAUAAAUAUAACAAGGUACCCCAUUCAAGAGCCACUAACACCAAGUCAUGAACCACAAAGAGUCUGGCCCUCAGUUGAUUUUGAAGAUUCUUUCAGAAUUAAGAGGCGUUUAGAUUUCAAGGUGCCAUCACCAACCACAGAUUCAUCCAGCAGUUAUAAUGACAAUGAAACUACAAAUUGCAUCACCAAACAGGAGCAAGGGUCCACAAAUGUAAUUAGGUACCCCAUUAAAACACUUCCAACACCAACUGAACAACCACAAGGACCUUGGCCCUCACUGAAUCUUGAGGGUUCUUUACGAAUAAAGCGGCAUUUGGCUUUUAAGGUGCAGUCACCAACUUCAGAUCUGUUGUCCAGCAGCCAAAUUGUGGAGGAAAUUACUAAUCCUGUAAGCGAACAGAAGCAAAAGACCACAAUCAUAACAAAAUACCCCAUUAAAAGGCCAUCAACACAAAGUCAUGAACCACAAGGACUUUGGCCCUCAGUUGAUUUUGAAGAUUCUUUCAGAAUUAAGAGGCGUUUGGAUUUCAAAGUUCCGUCACAAACUUCAGAUUCUUCAUCCAGCAACAAUAGUGAGGAUGAAACUACAAAUCGCAUAACUAAACAAGAGCAAGUGACCACAAAUGUAACUCCAUACCCCAUUAAACCUGCACCAAAAGAUCCACCAUUGGGACAUUGGCCCAUUCUUGAUCUUGAGGAGUCUUUCAGGGUAAAGAGGCGUUUGGAUUUUAAAGAACAGUUACCUUCAGAUCAGUUGUCCAGCAGUGACAGUGAGAAUGAAACUACUAAUCACAUCACAAAACAGGAACAACAGACAAAUGUAACAAGGUACUCCAUUAAAGGUCCACCAACACAAAGUCAUGAACCACAAGGACUUUGGCCCUCAGUUGAUCUUGAAGAUUCUUUCAGAAUUAAGAGGCGCUUAGAUUUUAGAGUGCUAAUACCAGUUUCAGAUAUGUCUUCCAGGAGCUAUACUGAGGAUGAAACUACAAAUCGCAUUACUAAACCGACGCAAAAGGAAACAAAUGUAGCUUGGCAACCAAUUAAAAUAACCACAACAAGAAGUCACGAACGACAAGGACCUUGGCCCUCACUUGAUCUUGAGGAUUUUUUCAGGAUAAAAAGAAGAUUAGAUAUCAAAGUGACAUCACCAAUUUCAUAUUCAAGAGCCACAAAUGCGACAUUGUCAUCAUCUGAUUCGAGGACCACAAAUUUAAGUAGGCACCCUGUGAAAUUAUUACCAACACCAAGUCAUGGCCCACAGGGACCUUGGCCAACACUUGAUCUCGUGGAUUCUUUUCAAAUAAAGAGGCGUUUAGAUUUCAAAGUGUCAUCACCAAAGUACGCAUUCAGCAGUGACAGUGAAACAACUAACUCUGUAACAAAGCUGGAGCCAAGGGCUACAAAUGUAGUUAGGUAUCCCAUUAAUGUAUCACCAACACUAAGUCAUGAACAACAUGGGCCUCGGUCCUCACUUGAUCUUGAGGAUUCUUUAAGGAUAAAAAGAAGGUUAGAUAUCAAAGGACCAUCACCAACUUUGAAUUUAGAGACUACAAAUGUACUUAGAAAUGCUGCUAAAGGACCACCAACACAGAGUUAUGAACCACCACGACAUUGGUCGACACCAACUUCAGAUGCAUCGUCCCGCAGAGAUAGUGAAGAUGAAACCAAGUCAAUGACUGUUCACACUACAAGACAAGAUCAGGAUAAAAGGUGGCCUGCGCUUGAGCUUAAGCGCAAUCCUCGCAUCCAGGGACGACUCGACAUCAGAGCCUCAUCGCCCCCUCCGAGUCGUACAACUGGCAGCGAUAGUGUGGGGGAAACACCAGCUCAUGUUGAGACCAAUGUUCAACUUCCAUCAAACAAAUCUCAGUAUGCAGGAACCCAGUGGCCCUCCGUGGAUCUUGGUCGAGGUACUCGCAUCACGCGGCGCUUGGACUUCAAACCGACACGGUCCUCUGCUGACAGAAAAGACCAUACAUUGGGAGGAAAUCCACCCAGCAGCUCAGAUGAACAAGAGGACAUGCUGGAACUUGCAGGUGACACAAAAACAAUGCCACGAUCAAAUUUGGUCAUUAAAAGACGGUUGGACAUCAGAGCACCGUCUCUUCAGUCACAUCUGAGUUCUAGCAGCCUUUUUUCUGAAGCUCGGCAUUCUGAAUCUUCCACGAGCGAUGUUGAGUACAAAAACAAAGAUCCCAAAGACUCGCCAAAAGGAUCCCAUAAAUCCCCAGUUAUAAGCUUCCCUCAUAGUCCCAAGAAAGAUCCGUACAUUACAUUAAAAAAGUACUCUGUUGUUGCGGAAGAUGCAGGAGACAAAACCACCAGUAUGACACCACAGAUUAACCCAGAACUUGAGUCGCAGUGGGCCAACAUGCAGCUGGGAUUUUCCCGCUUCAGAAAACGGCUUGAAAUUACAUCACACGCACGUGUACCAACCGCGUUGUCGUCAUCAUCACAUCCACCUGACUCCCCGUCCUCACCCAGUUGGCGAGGAAUCCAACACACAGAAUCACCACUAGACACUGACAGGAAGUCAAGACUAUCUUCCGUACUGCCUGCAGUAGGCAUACAACCUCCUGCUGGACUUCAAGAACUGCGCUCAUCCUCCAGCAGUGAGAAUGAAGCGGAAUCAAUAGAUUAUACCUGGCGGAGAGACAAAUUACCGACUCCAUCUCUUCAUGGAACUAAGACAGCUUCUACUCAUGCAAAUGUAAGCACAAAUUCCCAGACGCAAAUAGAUGGGACUCUGCAACAUAGCCUACCGGACUUGAACGUAGACAUUUCUCUCAUGACGACACCGCAACCCACAGAUCACAUGUCAAACAAUGAAAUGAUGGACGACACAGCGAUGUAUCCCAGCUACUCACCGAUACAAUACAGGCGCUUAAUUAUCAAAGCUUCAUCUCUACCCAGUACUACCUCCUCCACCGGGGAAGUGACUACACAGCAUGGUUCAUCUUACAGCACCAGAUAUCAGUACCCAUCUCUUGCCCCAAGGACAGCCCCCAGUCAGAGCUUUCAGGAUGUGCUAAACAGACAGUUUAGACCCUUUAAAAGCACCAUAGAGGACGACCAAACAUCAGAAAUCCGGUGGACCGGUGUCGGUGGCAGACUGUCUGACCUAUCCAUUGGCCAGCAGCAAGAACUACAGACCACAAGCAGUGAUUCUUUGCCGUCAGUCCGCACGGAUGCAAUGCGGAACAGACAGACAGCCGACAAAAAAGAGAUGCGAGGACUCAGCGCCUUAAGAGCCAUGUCGUCUGAGAGACAUACAUGGGAGAGAGAAGAAAGUGUGGACCCGUUACCGCCAAGUGAUGCACUGGGACGUUUCCAACAUGAGUCAGAGUUACUCUUCUCUGCUCGCUCAGCAAGCAGCAGAGCCACAGAUUUCUCCUAUGACAUUCCCCGCUACAGGACACAUGCGCAGCCGGCUCAGGAGAUUCCGCCUCCCAUUCCGGAGACACCGCUGCCGGACGAGGCCGUGGAGUUAAGCGGGCGCUCAGCCCAGAAAACGGAAACCAGAAGUGUCUACCGCUCAGACAUCAGCCAGGUUUAGUAAAAAAAAAACUUGAUGAACCAGGAUCAGGAAUUAAGAAUUUAAAUGUUUUUUUUUUUAAUUGAUUUUCAAGUAAGAUAAUGAUAUUUUCAAUUAUUUGUAUUACUCAUAUUGUACUGAGCAGCCUUUCUCAUGGCCCUGCAAGUUGCUGGUUCCAUGGUCAUCAUAAGAUUAAAUGUAAAUGUAAGAUUUUUUUUUAAAGUGUGCAUUAUUUGAAGCCAGAUGUUUGUGUUCUUUUUUUAAAAGGAAAUUAUUGUACCUUUUGGAGACAUUUAAGGCUUAACUUGUUGUAUAUCUAAUGAAUAUGCUAUUUGACUUGAUUCAUUAAAGGCCUAUUGAAACCCACUACAACCGACCACGCAGUCUGAUAGUUUAUAUAUCAAUGAUGAAAUAUUAACAUUGCAACCCAUGCCAAUACGGCCGGUUUAGUUUACUAAAUUACAAUUUUAAAUGUCCCGUGGAGUUUCUUGUUGAAAACAUCGCGGAACGAUGACGCGUGUUUGUGACGUCACCGGUUGUAGCGGAGAUAUUAGCCCAGCACCACUUACGGCUAAAAGUAGUCCCUUUUCAUUGCAUAAUUACACAGU